AUGGCCGAGGACACAUCCGUAGCGAUUGGUUUUUUCACUCUGCCUCGCGAGCUGCGAAACGCAGUAUACCAUCAGAUAUGGUCCCAUACCUCCAGACUAUCCAUCCCUCACCAGGACAGACUAUACGAGUUGACUUACACUACCCGCUCGUCCGGUCCCUCACCGCAUCAGCGCGGUCUCCCUCUCUGGCUCCUCGCAAACAAACAGUUUCUCACAGAGGGUCUCGACCAACUCCUCCUCAACGCAGCCUGGUCAUGGGGAACUAGUAAUCCGUCGCACAACCCACGCGCCAGCUCCACCCCCCAGAUCCCGUCGUCCCUGUUAUUUCCCAUAAAACCCUCCAGCCGCCCGUUCACCCUCAACCUCGAAGCAUGGUCACACGUUGCGCUGCGAGACUUACCGGCUCCGGAGCUCUCACUGCAUGACUGGCAUGCGGAUGACGCUGAGUUUGUUGCUGAGGUUUUGCAGGAUGCAAGUAGUAUGCAAUGUCUGGUUAUUAACGUCACAAUAGCAGAUCAUGCGCAGAAUGACCCGGAGAAGGCGCCGCGUGAGGUGGAUUUCUCAUUGUUGCGAACGGACAGGUGGGCGUUGGGGUGUGGGCGAGUGAUCGUGGUGGUGAAGAGUCGGUUUGGACGGCAGGCGUGGUGGCAUGAAGAGCUGAGGGGCGCAGUGGAGAGGGAGGCCAGGAAGGUUGCAGAGGUGAUUUGUGGGAAGGAGGUGUGUGAGAGAUAUGAAGAGCUGGCUGAAGGGGUCGCUACGAGGAAGGAUGUCGUGGGUGUGAUGAAAAAGGGGAAGAAAGAGGUAGUGCCGAUAGACGUAUGGCGGUUCGAGUUCUGGCGGAAAGAUGAACGAAGACUUUGCUGA